AUGGACCCUUUAUUUGUCGAUGAAGAAAAUAUUAAUAUUGAAAAAUAUUUAAAUGUAGAAUUAAUGAUCAAAGAUGAACAAUUGGAAGAAACUCUUGAAACGGGACGGGAAAUAUUUGAACAUACCGAUAAAAUGAAGAAUGUUUUAAGUAACGAAAAAUCAGAUAUAGAACAAGUAUUAAUUAAAGAAGAAAUAUUAGACGAAAAUGAUACAAUCAAUCAGGAUCCAAUGAAUGAAAAUGAACAAUCGUCAAUCGCAAAAGAUGAAAUAUCAAAUGGAAAUGUUUCAAAACAUCGGCUAAUUUGUGAUAUUUGUAGUAAAAUAUUUGCUCAUAAAAGUUAUUUAAUUGUACAUAGACGAAUUCACACUGGAGAAAAACCAUAUAAGUGUAAAUAUUGUGAAGAAUCAUUUAGACGGCAAAGUUACUUAACAAUACAUACACGAGCUCACACUGGAGAAAAGCCUUUUGUAUGUGACGUCUGUGAUACAAAAUUUACUCUGCAUUACGAAUUAGUUAAACAUAAACGUACCAUUCAUGCGGAAGAAAAAUCUUAUACUUGUGAAUUCUGUGAAAAAAAAUUCUUUCAGAAAAGCCACAUAAAUCAACAUAAACGUAUUCACACUGGGGAAAGACCUUAUUCAUGUGAAUUCUGCGACAGAUCAUUUACUCAGCAAAGUAGUUUAAUCUUACAUAAAAGAUUACACACUGGAGAAAAGCCAUUUGCCUGUGAUGUAUGUAACGAAACAUUUAUGCGUAAAACUGAAUUAAAUCUUCAUAAAUCUAUGCACACCGGUGAAAAACCUUUUUCAUGUGAAAUUUGUUAUAAAACAUUUACUCAACAAAAUAGUUUAACUAUACAUAAAAGGAGACAUGCUGGAGAAAAACCAUUUUCUUGUGAUAUAUGUUUCAAAGCAUUUACUCGUAAAUCUGACGUAACGUUACAUAGACGUAUUCACAGCGGAGAAAAACCUUUUCCAUGUGAAAUUUGUGGUAAAACAUUUACUCAGCAAAACAGUUUACUAUUGCAUACAAAAAUACAUACUGGAGAAAAGCCAUUUUCCUGUGAUAUUUGUGAUAAAACAUUUCUACGGAAAAUUGAAGUUACUAUACAUAAACGUAUUCAUACUGGAGAAAAACCUUAUUCGUGUGAUAUGUGUGAUAAAUGUUUUGCUCAACAAAGUCCUUUAAUUAAACAUAAACGUAUUCAUACCGGAUAGGUAUAACAGAAAGUA